AGACCCCGAGCCCAUCCAUCCUCCAGGAGGAAGCCUCGCUCAGACUUUUAAACACUAUUCACAAUGAAAUCGCCCCAAAAACAGAUGGGAAAGCGUGAGUGAAACCGCCGGCAGAGGGAGACAUGUCUCCUGCAGAGAGGUUGAAGGUGCUGCUCUUCUUGGCCUUGUUCUUCGGAGCGACUGGGGUUCUCCUCACCCUGCUUUCCUGCGGCACCGAGUACUGGCUGCUGGCUGCGGAAUCCUGUGGCCGUGCGGAGGAGGAAGGAAGCAGGAAGAAUAAGCUCAAGAAUGAAGACAGUGAGAGGGUCUUCCACGAGGGCUUGUUCUGGCGCUGCUUUAUGACUGCUACCUCUGAUUUCUCUAUGUGGGACCUGUGGUUCUCAAAUCAGCCCCUGCCAAAGAUCUGCCAGCCUGCAUUCCUUUUCCCAUUUUCUGUUACGCCCCAAACCUGGACAGAGAUGAACAGUUUACCCUCGGAGCCCUACGAACGCCCCUCUGCCAUCGUUUUUAGGACCUUCUGGAGCAUCUUCCUCAUCUCAGGUGUGGCGGCAGUUGUCAUCGGUGGACUCCUUGUAUUAUGUGCCGCUCCUCUGACCAAUCACAGCCUCUAUAGAGUGGGUGGAGCUCUGCAGAUUUUUGGAGGCUUGUGUCAGCUGGCCGUCAUGACGAUGUAUCUGAUGUGGGUCCAGGUCCUGGACACUCUGGAGCAGUUUGCCCAGUUUCAGAGAUACUCCGGCUGCCCUUCCUACCACCUCAGUGUCCAGCAUGGUCCGUCGUUCCUCCUGGCGCCGGUAUCCGUCUUCUUCUGCCUGCUGGCGGGCCUCCUCUUUAUUCUCACGGGCCGACACGUGCUGGGGUUGCACCUGGACAAAUCACGCCAAAUCCCUGAACUGUCAGAAACUGAGCUGUGAUUGCAGAUGAUCUCCACAGGAAUCUCUUUUCUUUUUCUUUUCCUGCCUGGACACGUCCUGUUUAACAAGUUGCCACAGUUAGCCCUACCACUUGGGCCCAAAAUGGCUCAGGAUUUAUGUUCAUGGUCUCUACUGUGUUCUCUAAGUGCUAUGCAAAACACAUAAAGGUUAACCAUAUAACUCCAAAUGUCUUAUUUUUAAGACAAAUAUUUCCGAGACCUCUGCCUCUUCAACAAAGUCGGUAUCUUUCUGAACGUACAGAUGGAUAUAUUUCACACACCCUAUACACAUGCAGAAAACAUGGGGGAAACUUAUUUUCGGGCCUAGCGUAUCGAUUACGAUUAAAAAUAACAUUUGAAAGCCUGAUUAUUUAUUUUUUAUUAUUUAAAGCAACCAAAAAAGAUUGUCUUUUUUUAAAAAUGUGAAUGUAAAAUGUGUUUAUGAUCUUCGACUUUAAUACAUUUAAGGAAAAAUGUU